AUGGCGUCUCCUGAGAAUUGCAUCGAAGAAAGCAAGAGUUCUCUCACCAGACUUGCUCCACUUGAAGCAGUGCUCUUUGAUAUAGAUGGAACUCUGUGUGAUUCUGAUCCACUCCAUUAUCUUGCUUUCCGUGAGUUGCUCCAACAGAUUGGUUUCAAUGGAGGUAAUCCUAUAACAGAGGAAUUUUUUAUCGAUACUGUUGCUGGCAAGCAUAAUAAUGACAUUGCCUUGGCUCUCUUUCCUGGUGAGCUGGAGAGAGGUUUGAAGUUUUUAGAUGAUAAGGAAGCCAUGUUUCGGAGAUUAGCAGCUGAGCAACUGAAGGCUUUAAAUGGCCUUGAUAAAGUGAGAAAAUGGAUUGAAGAUCGUGGGUUGAAGCGAGCUGCAGUUACCAAUGCUCCAAGACCAAAUGCUGAACUCACUCUCUCAAAACUCGGUCUCUCAGAUUUCUUUCAAGCUGUUAUUAUUGGUGAUGAAUGUGAACAUGCCAAGCCUCAUCCAGAGCCCUACUUGAAAGGUCUUGAAGCUCUAAAUGCAUCUAAAGAUCACACAUUUGUAUUUGAGGAUUCUGUUUCAGGAAUCAAAGCUGGUGUGGCUGCUGGGAUGCCUGUUAUCGGUUUAUCUACCCGAAACCCAGAGCAUUUGCUGAUGGGAGCAAAACCCACCUUUCUGAUUAGAGAUUAUGAUGAUCCAAAAUUGUGGGCAGCUUUGGAAGAACUUGACAAGUCUGAUUCUCAUUAA